AUGAACCAUCUCUGCGUUUGUUCUAUUCUCCAUGAUCGAUGUCAUCAUCGUCUUCCUUGUUACACGGGGCCGGCAAUCUCCCCGUAUCAAUCACCCCGUAGGGCGAGCCCGUUCUCAUCAUCAAAUCGUGCUUUGAUCGAAGAUGCAGAGCAAGUUGAGAUUGUUAAUUCUGCUGAACACGGAGAAAAACUUGAACCUAUCAACAUCGGCGAUGAUGAUAAUCAUGAUGGCGACGACGACUACGAUGGUGAUAGUUCGCUGAAAAACAAUCACUCUUCUUUGGCUGACUCCCCAUAUCAAGAACCCUACUCGGGGUAUCUACCUGAUUGGGUUUCCCCCGGGAAAAGAGCAGACAUCCCUUUGAAUAUACGUGUGGGUGUGUCGUUCACUCGGCUACGUCAAGCUAGUGGGUCUGGAUGCUGGCUAUGCGCAACGAUCUUCGAUGGCAUUCGUCUCAAAGCAGAAAGCAAUGCCUUGUUUCCAUGGCAUCCUGUUAGCGAAGACAACGUCAUGGUCCGGGCCACGGCUUACGGUAUAUUCAAGGUUAUCUGGACGUCGCUUCAGCCAGGUGACCUUAGUUUUCGCGCGCUUGAGAUUAGUACUGAAAUAUUUGCAGCUAAUGCUAGAGAUUUCCGGGAGGAGUGCAGAGCGAUCCCUUACUUGCUCGAGCUCAGGUAUCCUACAUCUUCGACAGAGAGCUUCGACUUCUUGAAAAUGAAUCUAGAACGCUGCACGACCCAGCACAAUGUUUGCAAGGUCGGCAAAGAAAUGGUAUUGCCCUUAAGGAUACUAUCGAUAGAGUACAAAGCCGCCAAAUAUUCUGUGAAUUUGCAAGAGAACAAGAAUCCUGAGCACGGAGAAUAUCUUUGUCUAAGUCAUUGCUGGGGUGUCAAUAAUACUGCGCUAAAGACCAUGAAAGCUUCACUUCAAGCAAUGAAGAGCAACAUCCCCUGGAAAUCGCUACCAAAGACUUUCCGAGAUGCUAUUGUCAUUACUCGCAAGCUUGGCUUUCGCUAUCUCUGGAUCGAUUCCCUUUGUAUUAUCCAAGACAGCGUUAGGGACUGGGAGUUGCAAUCUUCCAGAAUGGGAGAUAUUUACAAUGGCGCUUUUGCCACAAUUUUCGCCCUAUAUGGUAAUGACAGCGACAGUGGUUGCUUCUCUGGACAAAUCGAGCACCACUGGUCGAAGGUCAUUUUCCGACGCUGUCCUGGAGACUCAGCAGCCAGAUCCGUGUCCGAUGGCCUGUAG